CACACUUCUUCGCCGGUGUAUUCUAGCAGCCGCCUUCUGCCGAGUCUGAAACCCUAGCAAUGUCGCUGGUAGCGAAUGAAGAUUUUCAGCACAUUCUUCGUGUCCAGAACACGAACGUCGAUGGAAAACAGAAGAUUAUGUUUGCAUUGACCUCCAUCAAAGGUAUCGGUCGUCGUUUCGCCAACAUCGUCUGCAAGAAAGCCGAUGUCGACAUGAACAAGAGGGCUGGCGAACUUUCUGCUGCUGAGAUUGAUAACCUGAUGGUGAUUGUCGCAAAUCCUCGACAGUUCAAAAUCCCUGACUGGUUCCUGAACAGGAAAAAGGAUUAUAAGGAUGGAAAGUAUUCUCAGGUGACAUCGAAUGCACUGGACAUGAAGCUGAGGGAUGAUCUUGAGCGAUUGAAGAAGAUCAGGAACCACCGUGGUCUUCGUCACUAUUGGGGUCUUCGAGUGCGUGGGCAGCACACUAAGACUACUGGUCGCAGGGGAAAGACUGUUGGUGUCAGCAAGAAGCGAUAAUCUAUCUGGUUCUAUGCUUUAUGUUUGUUUUAUUGUUUCUGCAACCAGUUUUGUUUGUUUUUAGAUCUCUCAAAUGAGCAUGUUUUUGAAGAUUUAAACAUUGAGUGCACUGCUUAUUUCGUAGUAUUGUACCGCUUGGAUAUUCUUAGUUUCUUUUCCGUCUGUCUUAUUGUUCAACUAUACACCCUGCUGGUCAAAUAUAGUAGCAUUUCGAGUUCAUG